AUGGAUUAUAAUCCAGAUGAUCUCGACGGUGUAGCUCUUCACAACCGGCACCCUAAUUCCUCGUUCGAAUUUCCUCCCAGAUCCUCUUCCGAAGCAAUGCACGAAUACACGCCUGCUCCACUGCCAGCUUUUUCGUUCAAUCCAGGCAAUAUGCAUGCAUCUACUCCAUCCACAUCAACAGUCACAGCUCCCCGACCUAUCGGCCACAGACGACGACCCAGCGAACUGAUCGGGGGAGAAGGACCCCCAAGCCCUCGGUUGAUGGGCACAAGCCCCGGAAAUACUGCUGAUGGAGAGAAGGCCACUUUGCCUCCGCCAUUAUUGAGCGCCGCCCCUCGUGGUCCCGGCCGGAGGGGACAUGCUCAUCGCCGUUCCCAGGCCAUGUCAAGCAUGGACCUGACCGCUCUUACGCUCGCUUCGCCGUCAACUGCACCUCAAACGCUGACAGUCGGAAGCGCCCCCACGACACCUGCCGAUAACAAGCACGAUUUUCACGGUCACAUGGCCCGCCCAAUGUCCCGUUCCGCCAUCGAUUUACUCCCUCAACCUAGUCCACCGGGUUCACCUGCGAAACAGCUGAUGUUCCUUCGUCCAGGUGUGGCUUUCCACGACAAACCACGUCCAGUAUCGAUGAUAUCCACGGAAACGUCCAGCAGCUUAUCUACCGUUCGGCCAAAUCAUUCCCGAGUAAGUAGCGCAGCACCGAGUAACAACAACCUGGAGGGAUCUUCUUCGGCGGAGACAAUCAAGGCUCGGCCGAAAACCGCCGAUGCAAGUUUGCUUGUCUCUAAACUAUCCAAACCGUCCGAGCACUUUGGGGAAAUGCCUUUCUUGAGAAGGUCAUCUGUGGGGCGUAAAUCGUCAGAGACUGUAGAUGGGUCGGACGCUGAAUCCAUAAAAGAGAAACACACUUCCAAAAAGAGCAAAAAGAAGAAGCAGAAGAAGAGAAAGAGCGGAGGCAAAGCAACUCUUGAAGAGCAGAAAAACCGUCGCAAUUCAUUAUCUACGGAACGAACACUUGAUAUUUCACAGGACAACUCGGCCGAAAAGUGGGAAUCAGCAUCCAGCCUCAAUUCGCGUUCGGGCGCGGAAGACAGUAAUCCUUGUAAAGGGGAGGAAUGUCACAACAAAAAGCAGAAAAAAGUGCGCACUUGGGCUGGCGCCAUAUUCCCGCUCAAGAACAAGCGAACCCAUGUUAAACGACCAUUGUCCAGACGAAGCCCUACACCGCCUCCUAUUCUCACUCGAACCAAUUCCAACUUGGAAUCAAUCGAAGUCAACUUUGACGAAGACAAUACGGUUAUCAUACGAACGCCCACGAACCCGAAUAUACCAAAGCAGACUACUCAGGACACAGAGGAAGAAAGCGACAAGGCAUUUGAAAAUGCAUGGAAACCACGCAGCUUCUAUGAACAAGGUCUGGAAAACAACACAUUCAGUCCCGUCAUUGAUCUUGAUGCGGCACUAGGUCCCUUCAAUACUCCUGAAAUGGGGGCCAGUAGAAUAGCAGGAAGUGCAUUCUCGCAGGCAACAAAACGGAUGUAUAGCGGUGGCCGACGAGGUGAAUUCGUUGGUCCUGAGAUGCGCUAUCAUCGACGCGCCGAGAGUGCUCCGGAAAUGCCUCCCUUUGAUCGCAGUGCGCUAAUCGGAUUUCCUCGCUUGGGUAGUGACAAUGCUAUGGCUAACGUGGAUGUUUUCUAUGAAGAAGAGGAAGAUGCGUUUUUAGCUGAGAAUCAAUCUCCUAAGGUUGAGGACAAGGAUCAUGCCGAUGGGGAGCAAGUGGAUGCGGAGGUUGCAAGUGUCAGCGAUGAAGAAAGUGAGAGGGAUAUAGCUCCUUCGAGUAGUGAGACAUUGCAGGCUGCUCAACGACCGACUUCCGCACGGGAACUUUUUCAAGACGAUGGCCUCGGUAUUCGGGUUACUGACGACGCUGCUGUGGACGACGGACCAGGCGAUGCUGUUAUUGAGGAUGAGGCAGUCAAAGAGAGCAACAGAGCAACAUCACAGCAUCAAGUACAGAACAAAAUGUCCGUGGAAAUCAUUGAAGCAGAGCAGUGGGCACAGCCCCGCGUGCCGCAUCACGCAAAUAGUCCUGAUAUAUCUCCAACUAUGGUAGCAAUUGAGAAGCGGCCUUGUUCAUCACCCCUUGAUCUUAACUCUGGUCUUUCCCAGUUGACACUUCCUUCACGACACGCUUCGAGUUCAGCUUUUCCGUCACCAGACCCCUCCAACAUGUCUUUCGACGGACCAAGAUCCGCAACAGCAUCAUCCAUGACCGACCAUACCACUUUCAACCAUUCACUACACGAUCAGAGGCAGAGCUCGUUUGAGGACGUCCCGUCCUUGAGCAGCAGUGCAUCAACGCGGACGAAUCCUCGAGGGCGGUUUUCAUCCAGCUUCUAUCUUCAUUCAUUGAGUGACAGACGCGAAUCCUUUAAUGCUUUACCACCUCGCUCAAGCCAUUCAAACUCUGCAAAACGGUCUAGUCUUGUCAGUUUGUCCAGACUAGUGGGCGGCUCGUAUGGCGAGAAGAGCAAAUUGAGCCAUGAAGAAAAACCACCAGCAGACGAGGCCGAAAAGACUCGAAGAAAGAGUAAUCGGGUUAGUCGGUUAAUGUUCUGGAAGUCGAAAGACAAACAGAGUGACUCCUAA